CAACAACCUCAUCACUCAUUUAAAAACAGUAUUAGAUUUGGAUGGCUGGUUGCUAAACCAUGUCGUCUGUGGCGACAGACCUCAAGCAGACAUUCCAGGUGGUGUUUUAGUUCAGUUAGUUAGGUAUUUAGUCUUGAACUAAUUUCCAAGGGUUAACCCUUUGAAAUUCACAUUUUUCAGUAACAAGAAUAGUAGGUUAGUUGGCCUGUUUUAUUCCUUCCAGAAGAUAUCUCUGUGAAGAUCUAGUUUCUCCUUCAACCCGUUGACAGAAGACGCCUAUACUACUUGCUGAGGUAAAGAGAUCCAGACGUUGACUUCACGAUAAGAGAAACGUGGAUCCUCGCUAAGUUAAUUCGAUCGUGGUUUUUGGAUUUUCUUGUGACGCCCUCGGAGGUAGUCAACUCUAGCAGGGGAGAAAAAGUUGGACAUGUCAGUACCGAAGUCAUUAUUAAGAAUACAAAAUGGCAGUAAAAAAUCACUCCGUUUUUCCAUGUUAUUCCUCAUAGGGUAGAUUGGGAAGACCCUGCCACGAGCGUAGUACCUACCCUUUGACCACGUCCGAAGUCGCAGCAUCCUUUUUCAGGCAUAGACUGGCCUCCUGAAUGCAGUAUUCCAAGUGAGGUCUAACCAUCAAAUUACUUCUUCAGCGUAUGUCCUUUUUGAUGAGUUGUUCAAUAACGCAGAUACUUUUCGCUUGAUGAUUCAGAAUCACAGGACUGUAAAUAUUCGUCUUCUUGGCAGAUUCUCGGCUUUUGAAGCUGACAGUAACCUAGUUGAAAUACUAUCUCCUUUCCUCGGAGAUGCUAUUCCUUGUAUCAUUGUGGAUGUAAAGUAUCUAACUGAUGAUCAGAAACAGUGCUUUUUAAAUCAGUCAGCUCAUGAACGCAUUAUUCAAUUUAUUGGAGAAUUGAAUUUAUCACCAAGCGAUGGAAAACAUUAUAGACUUACAGCAUUUUCAUUCAGUUUCAUGGAUGGUGUAAAUUUGGAAUUGUAUAAAAUUGUAACGAAGAUAACUCGGAAUUACGUUCAACAUUUACCAUUUCCAAACAUUUAAUUUAUUUUGAAGUAUUUGCAGUAUGUAAAUUAUGUAAGUGAUAGAUGGAAUGUGCUUCCUAAGUUUGUGAAUUAUUUCACCUUCGAAGAUGUCGACAGAGAAACAUGGUAUACUAGUAAUUCUCUAUUGUCAAUGAGAGUUUAUAGUUGGAAUAGUUAUUUGUGGUACGUAGUGAUUCGCAAAGCUGACUUAUCUGUGUGCUUAAAAGUGUUAAGGUUUAUUGCGUGAUAAACACGACCACUGGUUAUUUCUUUCUUUAAGUAUUCACAUGCAUAUUAAAUCCAAUCCUACUUCUUCCUGAAAAAACAGGGUUGACUACAUGGCAAUAUGCGAGGUGAUAGUUAACUGAUGUUUCAAAGAUGGAAAUAUCACCAUUUUGGGGAUACUUGGGGAGUAUGCAAUAUAGGCUGACUGGUACUGUGCAAAAGAAUGCGUACGAAUCUGCGACUGAGUGGCAGUCAAUGCCGUGGUGUCCGGUCAUUUCCUAACCGAGUUAUGUUGUUCGGAUUUGCUAGGCUAAAAUGACUUUGCAUGAUGGUCGAAGGUUGAUGAUAAUGAG